AUGGCAGAGAUCCCAGAUGCAGGCCAGUCCUCAGCGGUCUACAUCGUAUCAGAUGAAGACGGCCUUGUCUCAGUACCUGGGGGAGCCCAGCUGUCUCACUCUGGCCCCCAGUCAGCUGGGAGGACGGUGGCGGCCAGAGUGCUGGCCAUGUUUACCAGAUGCAUCGUCCCCUCAGGUGAACACUGCAGCUGGCAGCACCAGGCUCCAGCAAACACACUGGCCCGCAGCCCAAAUCAUGCUGGACCAUGGAGUCCGAAAGCCACGCAGAUAAACGUUACAAGUGCCCAUGCCUCCAAGGCAGACCUCCUGAAGUCUGGGAGCCCCAAGUCCACGUUAAAACACAUAUGGACAGAAAGCAGUAAGGACUUGUCCAUCAGCCGACUGCUGUCACAGACUCUGCAUGGCAAGGAGAACAGCACUGCCCUGGACCUGCGCUACGACACCCCCGAGCCCUACUCAGAGCAGGACUUGUGGGAUUGGCUGCGGAACUCCACGGACCUGCAGGAUUCCAGGCCCCGGGCCAAGCGGCGGCCCAUGGUCAAGACGGGCAAGUUCAAGAAGAUGUUCGGCUGGGGGGAUUUCCACUCCAACAUCAAGACGGUGAAGCUCAACCUGCUCAUCACCGGCAAGAUCGUGGACCAUGGCAACGGUACCUUCAGUGUCUACUUCCGCCACAACUCCACAGGCCAGGGCAAUGUGUCCGUCAGCCUGGUCCCGCCCACCAAGAUUGUGGAAUUCGAUGUGGCGGCGCAGCAAUCGGUCAUCGACGCCAAGGACUCCAAGUCCUUCAACUGCCGUAUCGAGUACGAGAAGGUGGAGAAAGGAGCCAAGAACAUCCUCUGUAACUUCGACCCCUCCAAGACCUGUUACCAGGAGCAGACCCAGAGCCAUGUGUCCUGGCUCUGCUCCAAGCCCUUCAAAGUGAUCUGCAUCUACAUCUCCUUCUACAGCACCGACUACAAGCUGGUCCAGAAAGUGUGCCCGGACUACAACUACCACAGUGACACUCCCUACUUCCCCUCCGGCUGAUUCGACCCACCGCAUAAUGUGAUGGACAAAGAGUUACAAAUUGGGAGUUAUUUCUCCACUAAAGAAGUCUUAUGUUAAUAACUGUACUGUCCUGGCUUUGUCCAUAACAGAAUUUCAGCUGUUGAAUUUAUUGAUCGUCUAAUUCUCAAAUUCUGAAUUGUAGGGACAAUGCAAUUGUCUGAAAAGUGAGGCAACAUAGGACUCUGAUUGUCAUCAUUAUGAUUUGAAUAAAUAUAGCUUAAUAAUUGAUACUACAAUUGAUAAUAAUAACUCUGUAUGUUUGUUUUUGAGUUCAGUUUGUAUUUCAUAGAUUCUUCAUGUACAAAUAGGAGGAAAUUAUAGAUUCAUCUAGCAGUGUUUAUCAGUAUUUAUGUUGUGCUUUUUAGUUUGCUUUUCCAUUACGUGCAUUUCUGGUUAUUUAUAUGGUCCAACUUGAUAAUAAAUGCUUUGAUUUUCUCCUUUGAAUAUAUGUUAUGUACAGUAUGUUCACAUCUGAGACAACAAUGUAUGGACCUACAGAAGCUUGGUUUGCUCCUUCAGCCCCUCCCAGCAGUCUAAAUCUUGCAUCCUCAGAAACCCCCGUUCCUCCCCAGCAUCCUGAUUGCCUUCAAGAUCACUGCACAUUUGCUUCAAACUUCCAACCCUACAGGAAGGAGGAUUUGAGGACCCUGGGGAGUUGGGAUGAUCCCCAUCCCAGACAGUGCUUUCAAAGGCUUUGUGAACAGUGGGACUGAGCAGGCGCCACCCGCUGGCAUGUUUUACUUCAAGAAUAAAUAGAGAAAAUUUAAAAAAGUUCAGGUAUGUAAUGCUGUCAAUCCUUGGCUGUUUCUGGAGUGUUAAACUGUGAAGUCUUGACUUGGAGAAGUAGAGGGUCACAGCCUUAGUUUUCAUAUUCCAGUGUGAUUGGUCGAGGGGAUUGCUCAUUGUCACUUAAUAUUUAAAAUGUAAUGUAUUGAAUUCUAUAUCUUAGAGCCUAAUUUGUAUGAAUGGUUUGUAUUGUACAUAGUUUAUCCCAAUGGCGCUGCUUCUGUAUAAUGCCCCACAAGAUGUGUCCCCCCCCCUUCUUCCCACAAAUUUCCCUCCCUCACUCCAUUGCUCGUUCUUGGUUCCUCAAAGAAAAUGAUGUUGCCGAUGUAGAUGUGAAUUUCUUAAAAAACUGCAAUCUUGUACAGAUGCUGUCAAACUGUCUAAAUAUAUUAUAAGUACUCAUCAACUGUAUCACUGCAUUUAAUUUCUGGUGAGGGUGGGGGUGGAGAUGUACAUAUGAAUAAAAAAUACA